AUCAAACCAGAGAUACGUUUUACACCUCCGCGACGAGCGAGACGACGAAUGGCGGGCUUUGUGAUUCCCUGGAUGUUGUCUCGUAAGAUUUUACGAUGACGCUUGGCACCUCCUUUUCCUAGACCUUUGCCUCCUUUACCACGACCUGACAUUUUAGUAUCUUCGAACUUUCAAUGUAAACCCUUCUACAGCGAGAUAUAAAUGAUUUGCCAUCCGAAUUUGCUCCCGGAAAUUUAUAAAAUCAUAAGGGCCGUACGUCUACGAAGACAGCAAAGAGAUAAUUUUGAUUGGAUAAGAUAGAAGACUUUGGAUUGGUUAAAAAAAGGGUCUUUCUCUAUGUUUUUAUUGGUCAUUAAUUCUGCAACUGGAUUGGUUAAUAAAAUUUCAUUUUGAUCCUGCAGGUUACCACUGCUGCAAUAAAAAUAGCGAUUGCAGAAUUUAUUAAUUUUGUUUCAAUUAUGUGAAACUUUGUUGCAAUUAUGUGAAACUUUGUUGCAAAUGGUCAAGUGGUAAAAAUGCACCAUAAAGCUAAACUCGAGGCCAAAGUAUGUAGACUUUGUGAUGGUGUUUGAGUUAUGGUGUCAGCAAUUGAUUCAUGUUUACCAUGACCUCAAAGGCUGAAACAGAUCUCUCAAAUUUUUGGUUAAUUCUACUAUAUAUUGAUAGAUUGGCAGUGUUAUCGGGUGAUUCAUGUUUGAAAAAAAUUGGCAAACUCACAGGUGUUUGUUGUGGGGGUGAGGGUGAAUGUGAGGGUGUUAUUAAAAGAUUACGACACUAGAUGCCAAGUUUAUUGACAUCACCCACAAAGAAUGCCUGUGAGGUAGUCAAACUGUAACUACCUUGAAACAUGUAACUACCAAAAUAACAUAAUUUUUUGAGAAUUUGGUGCGACACAAAUUGGGAAUGCAGAUAUUAAUAGGGACAAUUAAUUCAUCCUGGGAAGAGAUGGUUGUUUCAAUGGGGACUUUUGAGGGUGCUGUGUUAAGGGGGGGGGGAGGGGGGUCAUGUUGCUGUAAACAAUAUGGGGUGGAGGUGAAAGCUUGGACAAUAUGUGUCAACUUGCCCUUAAUUAAGCUAGCCUGCAUCCUACUGUACAAAUUGUUCCAGUUGUGCUCAUACAAAACAUACAAAUUCCCUAAUGCAUCCCAUGCAUUAUGAUUUAUUUUUACAUCAGACAAUUUUACUUGUGAAGGGGAGUGUGGGCUCUUCAAUGGGUGUUAGUGAUAAAAGACAAUGGUAUUAGGUACAUAUUUUGACUGAAUGGUGGAUUGGCAAUACUAUUAUAAAAGUGGGAUUUUGCUUGCAAAAGUAUGGUGAAAUUACAUAUUGGUAGCUUUGUGAUUUUGAUCUGGUAACUUAUCCAUUGUCAGAAUGCAAGACCUCCUUAAAUUUUAAAUACCCCUAAAGAAAGUCCUGGACUUUUACUGUAAAAUUAGAAAUCAAGACUUUCUCUUUUUCAGGGGUAUUUAAAAUUGGACAAAAGCAAUUUUGCCCACAAAGUAUCACUACCAAUUGGGGUCAAAGUACAACUAUGGAUAUUUGUUGAAAUUUGAAAAGCAUCAACAUGUUAUGUGAAGUAAGUUUUACAGUUUAAUUUAGUUUAAGGGGUCACUUUCAAACCCUAGGGCUUUCCAGGAGGGUGAAUGGCAAGAUUUCACACAUUAUGCAAGGAGUGUUCCUGCGAGCAAGUUAUACAACUUACUUGCUAGUGGGCCUAGUGUGCAAAUUUGACUUUAAAUGUAUACGAAUAUGGGGUGUAUUCAAGUGUUGAUAUCUAGAUAUCGAUUUUAUUCUUUUGUAAAUUUGGUGGCUCUUAGAAGAGCCGGUUUUUUUUUUGGUUGUCUUUAGGACUUGAUUUAAGCUCGUUCACCACGGAUUCGUCGUGCCAGCUGGAUGUCUUUGGGCAUGAUGGUCACUCGCUUGGCGUGGAUAGCACACAAGUUCGUGUCUUCAAACAGACCAACAAGGUAAGCUUCGCUUGCUUCUUGUAAAGCCAUCACAGCUGAACUUUGGAAACGAAGGUCGGUCUUGAAAUCUUGAGCAAUCUCACGAACCAAACGUUGGAAAGGCAGUUUGCGGAUCAGAAGCUCGGUGGAUUUCUGGUAACGACGGAUUUCUCGCAGGGCGACAGUUCCUGGCCUGUAUCUGUGAGGUUUCUUCACACCACCGGUAGCUGGGGCACUCUUACGAGCAGCUUUCGUUGCCAAGGUCUUUCUUGGUGCCUUUCCACCAGUUGAUUUACGAGCGGUUUGCUUUGUACGAGCCAUUUCACAACUUGAAUCUUGCUUUGGAAUAUAAACUUCGCAGAAGAAUUUGCCAACUUGGAAAUAAAAUAAUUUAAACUUUGCGCCCAAGCAUUUAUAGCCACAGGAUAUCCUCACGUUAUUGGCUGAUUCGGAACAAAGAAAUCGAAAUCAGAUUGGUUAAGAAUAUUUAUAUGUGAUUGGUUGCUCAAUUGAGCUUUAUGAUUGGUUAAUAUAACCCAAAAUUUGAUCCUCUUGCUUGAAGAAGCUAUGACUAUCAGAGUAUGUGUUGGUAUAUCGUAUAUAUAAAAUAUUAAAUACAUAGUAAAGUCACCAAUAAAUAUGUAUUCACCAAAGCUUCUGUUAAACUCUCUUGGCAUCUAUUUCUGUCUGAGUCCAUCUGCUGUCCUGUAUAUUACAGUAAAAGAACGCUCACUGAAAUCUACCAAUAGUAAUACUACAUUACUAGUGACUAACUAGUGCAAGUUUUAAUAGAGCGAAGUGCCGGUGGAAAAUAGACUUACAGUAAGCCCAAUAAAGCCCCGUUUACACUACGCUCAAUUUUUGGUACGGCACGGAUAAAAUUGGUAACCAAAAAUUGAGCGUAGUGACUAGUGUAAACGAGGCUUUAAUAGUACAUUCAAUUGCAACUUGCGAGCAGUGCUUGUAUCCCACAAAAAAUAUGAAAUCGACAUGUAAAAGGAUUUAAUUAUUUUAAAGCAGAAUAUAAUGAACAGACACCAUUGACAAUAGUCAAUCCCGCCUCUUGUCUUUGGACGGUCAAUACUCAACUAGAGCUGAGAUUCAUCACAACGCAUAAAUGACUAAUUUCGCCAUAUAUACUCUCUACUAAAAUUCUUAACUUCAAACACACGGGAUUACUUUACUAGUUUAUACCCUAAAUUAAAGUUAAAACAUGUAACUGCUGGGUACUAACUGUACUAUUUAGUAUUAUUUAGUCAGAAACCUUCCAUUUGGUUGAAUUAUGUCAAUUAUGCGGAGUCGAGGACCGAGGGUUCAAAAAUGUCAGAAAUAUCGUGUUGUGUUUCCUUGCGAAAUUCAAUUGAAAAAUUCGAAACGAAAUGACACGUAUUCUUACGUUAAGAGUUAAUAGUAUGAAACAUUAUAACUCCGAAUCUUAGUUAAUUGUCUUUAAACUUGAGAGAUAGUUGCGUUCUAGCUAGUGGAGUCGUUUGAAUAUAAAGUAAAUGUCAAACGUGAAGGAAUUAUUUUGGAUAUUUUAUCAAAUUAGAGUCUUCUGACCUCCCUGUAACCUAUUAAAAGAGUAGAUUCUAAAUUUUGAAGUUUGUAUCUAUGCAUUAAUUUAGUCUGUUAUGAAUAUAAUGCAAAAACGUAUCCCAAAAUCGACGGGAAAGUCACAAAAGAAGCACAAUGUAGCAAAUUAAACCACCAUGUUUGAAAUGUUGCAGGUAUGUACGUAGGGGUCCGGCCAGCAUUGAUAUAUAAUCACGCGGGAUUUUCGAAAUGUAUUCAUAAUUUUGAAAGCGUAGAGUUGAAAGCACUGGUUGAAAUUAAAGCGUUGAAUUUGAAAGUCGAAGAUGUCUAAACCAGCAUCCGCAUCGAAACCUGCUCAUCCUCCUUACUCCGUGAUGGUCGUUGCAGCUGUUGCAGGACUAAAAGAGCGAAACGGAUCGAGUCGACAAGCAAUCGUCAAAUACGUCCAAAGUAAUUACGUAGGAAUUGGUGGCAACUGCAGUAAGAUGGUGAACAAAAGCAUUAAAAAUCUUAAAGAAGCUGGCAAGGUGAGAGAUGGCAAAGGUGGACCUUUCAAAUUCGCACUCACUGAAGCGGCGAAAGCCAAACCAGCAACCAAGAAACCAGUUGCCAAGAAAACCACGAAACCCAAGAAGCCUGCCGCCGCGAAGAAGCCCGCCACGAAGAAACCCGCAGGGAAGAAGCCCGCAGGGAAAAAAGCUUCGGACAAGAAGAAGGCUGCGAAGAAGACUGGUACACCAAAGAAGGGGGCCAAAACGACAACAAAGAAAAGCAAAGCAAAGUCUCCCGCCAAGAGAGCAGGCAAGAAACCGACGCCGAAGAAGGCUGGAAAGAAACCAGCUGCAAAGAAAGCUCAAAAGAAAUAA